UUCCUAGUUGACUAGGUCGGCAUAUCCCGAGGAUGUGACAUGUAUCUCGGUGUGAUGUUUACACUUUGUUACAGUUCUUUGUCUCGAGCAUAAUAAAUCAUGAUGUCUGGGGCAUAGAUACAUAUAUAUUUUUGUAUAAGAAACAUUGCCAUCAUACCAUUUUUGGAUCAAGAAUUUUCGGAUCAACAUUUUCAGAACUUUUUUCUUGUUUUUUUUCAGCACUCGAAAUAGCCGAGGCGGCUCAUACGAAAACUCCAGGAUAAGGUAUCCGGUAGUUCUACAGAGCAGCAGCCAUGGUGUUGAUCCUGGGCAGACGGCUGAACAGGGAGGACUCUGGGACCCGGGACUCCCCCGCUGUCAAACGAAAGGUGUUCGAGGUGGACUCCAAGACGCUGACCGGUAAUGAAGUGCUUGACUUCUCCUCCGGCUCCUCCCACUCAGAGGCCAUUUUGCAGGUGUUCAAUGAGUUCCGCGACAGCCGCCUCUUCACCGACGUGGUCAUCAGCGUGCAGGGCCGCGAGUUCCCCUGCCACCGCGCUGUGCUCUCUGCCUGCUCCUCCUACUUCCGCGCUAUGUUCUGCAACGACCACCGUGAGUCACGCGAGAUGCUGGUGGAGAUCAAUGGCAUUCUGGCCGAGGCCAUGGACUCCUUCCUCAGCUACGUCUACACGGGCCGCGCCAAGAUCACCACCGACAACGUGCAGUUCCUAUUCGAGACCUCCAGCCUCUUCCAGAUCUCCCCGCUGCGUGAAGCCUGUGCCAAGUUCCUAGAAGACCAACUAGACCCUUGCAACUGCUUGGGCAUCCAGCGCUUCGCAGAUGCCCACUCUCUGAAACAGCUAGCCAGCCGCUGCCGCUCGUACGCCCUGGCCAGCUUCCCUGAUGUGGCCCAACACGAGGAGUUCCUGGACCUGAGGAGGGACGAGCUGGAGGAGUACAUCUGCAGUGACGAACUGGCCAUCGGGAAGGAGGAGGUAGUGUUUGAGGCAGUGAUGCGCUGGGUGUACCACAGUGUGGAGCCCCGGAGGCCCGUGCUUAAAGAACUGUUACACCAUGUCCGUCUGCCCCUGCUGCACCCCAACUACUUUGUCCAGACAGUGGAAGGAGAUCAGAUCAUCCAGACAGCUCCAGAGUGCUACCAGCUCCUCCACGAGGCCCGACGGUACCACGUACUGGGCAACGAGAUGAUGUCACCCAGAACCCGCCCACGCAGGUCUACAGGCUUCUCAGAGGUGAUCGUGGUGGUGGGGGGCUGUGAGAGGGUGGGGGGGUUCAACCUGCCUUACACAGAGUGUUACGACCCUGUGACAGGAGAGUGGAAGUCCCUGGCCAAGCUCCCAGAGUUCACCAAGUCAGAGUACGCCGUCUGUGCCCUCCGCAACGACAUCCUGGUCUCAGGGGGCCGUAUCAACGGCAGAGAUGUGUGGAUGUACAACUCUCAGCUCAACCUAUGGAUCCGAGUUGCUUCACUCAACAAAGGACGCUGGAGACACAAGAUGGUGGUCCUACUGGGGAAGGUCUAUGCAGUGGGAGGGUAUGACGGUCAGAGUCGUCUGAGCAGUGUGGAGUGCUAUGACUCCUUCUCUAACCGCUGGACAGAGGUGGCUCCCAUGAAGGAGGCGGUCAGUUCUCCGGCCGUGUCCAGCUGUGCUGGGAAGCUCUUUGUCAUCGGGGGAGGGCCAGAUGACAACACUUGCUCUGAUAAGGUCCAGUGCUAUGAUCCAGAGGCAGACACCUGGGCGCUAAGGGCAAGCAUCCCCAUCGCUAAGCGCUGCAUCACGGCGGUCUCCCUGAACAACCUGAUCUAUGUGUCAGGUGGUCUAACCAAGUCUAUCUUCUGCUACGACCCUGCGGAGGACUACUGGAUGCACGUGGUGCACACCUUCAGCAAACAGGAGAGCUGUGGAAUGUCGGUGUGUAAUGGGAAGAUCUUCAUCCUGGGUGGGCGGGGUGAGAACGGCGAGGCCUCUGACUCCAUCCUGUGUUACGACCCGGCAACGGGCAUCAUCACCGGCGUGGCGGCCAUGCCUCGCCCCAUCUCUUACCACGGCUGUGUCACCAUCCAUCGUUACAACGAGAAGUUCCACCACCGGCCCUGACCCCACAAACACACACACAAACACACAGGCUUGUACAUAAACAUGCUUUAAAAGACAUUCACUCACACAAAAAGAUUCUUCAGACACGCGCUCUCUAAAAAGGGUGCAGAUAGACAUGCACACACUGUCAACCCUUUUUUUCCCUCUCAAGCAACUAAUUUAGAAAUUCAGACCACAGCCCCAGUUUCAGUUUCACUUGUUUCCUUAUUGUCCCAUGAAGCAACACUCUGGUGCUGGUAUUGUGGUAUUCCUGCUAUGCUACUCCUGAUCCAUCUAUGCCUGCCAGUUGACUUUGUUAGGGUGGUUGUUCAAUGGAAAACCAAACCAUAGACUGGCUGGUAUGCCUCCAGACACCACUAUGUCUGUGUUUAGAUAGAGCCUUCAUGGAGCCUGUGACAGGAUCAGAUCAGAGCAGGCAGACAUGCGCCAGGGUUGUGGCGGUCAUGACAUUUUGUCGGCCGGUGAUUUUCAAGCAAAUAACUGCCGGUGUCAUGGUAAUUAACCGUUAAUUAACAUAAACACAUUUAGCAUCUCCUGGCUUCCACUCAUAGCCUACAAGCCACUGAUGCAGAUCCAUUUAAUAUGGCCUACAUCUUCACAAUUAAUCCAUAAUUUAUUUUAGACAGGUCUAAAGAAACAUGAUAUGAAGAAACCACCACUCUCAAAAGGGACCGCAAAUGUGAUUAUGAUUGUAAUGCUUUAUUAUCUUCCCCAAACUUGGAACUCACAAGCAGCCUAUGUAUGUCAGUUAUUCUCCACACCGGUUGUAAAGGGGAUUCAUGUGCUUCAUUCUAAGAAGUUAUAGGACCACUUGAGUUGUAAUACUAACCUUAUCAAAACAUAUAGCCCUAUGGGCUAGGCUACAUGAGGUGUGAUACUAACCUUAUCAAAACAUAUAGGCCUAUGGGCUAGGCUACAUUAGGUGUGCGACUAUGAUUUGAAAAAGUCGCCAAAAAAGGCAUACACUGUUUCCUGUCUUACUGGACACACUGGGCAUCAUUCACAAGUGAUAAUACACCAUUCACAAGUGAUAAUAUUGUUAUCAGACUAUUCUUAAUUUGUUAUCAGACUAUUCUUAAUUUUUGUCUUUACUGUACAUAUACUAAAUAAUAUAUGUGUGAAAUUAGUUUUGAUUUUGAAUGAACCAUUAUCAUACACUUGUCUCAGAAUAGGGGCAGGGGAAAAAUAUGUGUCAUCUAUGCAGUUAAAUAGCGAAUGGAGGACUCUUUUCCCCUGGUUAAUUUUCAUGCCUGCCAGGUAGGCUGUACUCCUGUUGUAAAGAUAAGCAUUGUGCUUAAUAUUAGGAAGGUUGAGAAAUACAUUUAGUAGGCCUAGUCUAUAGAAAACUGAUGGAAGCCUCCUCUUUUUAGUAGAAGCCAUCACUCUGUUUUCUCACACAAUUGCAUAGCCUAUAGAAAUUAUGCGAAACGUCAGCUCAUGGUCUCUCAUGAAGUGUUUGAUUUGAUUUUCCGAUCACAUUUGCAUUGAUGUUAGAGUGAUUAUAGGGACAAUAGAGUGCUGAGUACCAGGCAGUUAGCAAGUUUGGUAGGCUACUAAUGACCACCAGCAGCAUCAGGGCGCAGUUUUGGAGAAGCCUAGUUACCGUGACUAAACAGUCACGUGUAAUUUGACUGCGGUCAUGACUUGUGAACAGCGGUAAUAUGGUCACUGUAACAGCCCUAGACAUGCCUAGCAGCAGUGUGUAGGCCACAUGCAUUCUUGUGCCAGUAGCAGCUCCUCAUCUCCUCUUCCUAAGAACCAGAGAUAGUCUAUAUCUGCACAUCAAAGAGCACAAUCUUUGAUGGACAGAUAGGGAGUCGUGAUAGUGGAUGAAACAAAGUGUUGCUUUUAGAGAUUAUCUCCUUAAUCUUCAGGUGUUCAGGUGGACAAGUACUGACAGAUAGUGAAUUGUGAUAGUGAACAGGAAAGCUUUGAUUCAGACUUUGAGAGAAAUUCAUAGGAAUCUGCCACUGAAUGACAAGGGGUGGUACAGUAAUUCUUAGAACCCCGUUUUAAAAGGCAAUAUGCAUUCCAACCAUCUUAAAAUGGCCUCCUCUUUCUUCGUAACCACUUGAUAGUAUCAUGGAAAUUGGAACAGUAUCAUGGAAUGUAUCAAGCACCUGGAUGCCAGAGGGUAGGAAUGUGGUUCCAUGACUUCAAUUUUAUAUGUCGUUAAGCAGUGAUUGUUUGGUAUAAAACAAAACAAGCUGGCCUAUGCUUAUCCAAAAACAGAGGCCAUGUCCAAAUAGAACGAAACGUCUUAUUUUCAUUGUCUUCUUUUGUCUCAUUGCCACUCAUUUCAAAUGACAUUCAUUUUAGGAAGCUACCUCCUGCUGUGGUCUGAACUCUGAUUCCGCUGACUCCUAUUUCCUUUUCCUGUUAGAGGUUCCCUUACUUACUCUUUCCAUAUCAUCUCUUUCCUCUUCUCAUAUCCUACCUCUUAUCACUGACACUUUCAUCAUAAUUCCCUUGAAUCUUUGCUAUACACACACACACGCACACACACACUGAUUUUUUUGUUGUUGUUCAAUUUAUUAAAUUAUAUUUGUCUUUCUAACUUUGGAUAUGUGUGCUGAUUGUAUACCUUGUGCUUGGUGGUGUGGUUGUUGCUACAUAGAGUUUAGAUAGUUGGUUUGGAUGUUGGGUGUGUGGGUGAUUUAGUCAAUAUCAGCAGGGCCGUUUUCUAGCAUUUUGGGGGCCCAAAGCGAGAUUUGGUUUGCAGAGAGCAAAUGUUGCAUUGUUAAAGCAAAUUUCAUGCAGUUCUACACAUUUUGCCAUGGGUUGGGGGCCCAAUAGCGGCCGCUUAUGUCGCGUGUGCCAAGAAACAGCACUAGAUAUCAGAUGCCUUAGUAGAUGAAAUCUCAAAGACUGUUAUAAGUGAGUGGUAUAUUGGGUGAUUGUUAUUAUAUGUAAACCAGUUAUAGCUUUAUAUCAUAACAGUCUGUUUACUAUUGUGCUGCUUACCCAGUGGCCUUGCCUCAUAUAUGCAAAUUCUAUAGAACUCUGUGCCAUACAUAGACAAUGGCACCUCUCACCUGUAUACUCAUACAAUGUAUAGCUCAUGUACACAAUGUAGCUCGGGGUAACCAUGGAAACCUCCAGGUGUGUGUGCCGUGGGCUUUACCGAGCUGACACCUGUGUAUUAACUCAUAGGAUAUGAUUGAGUGGUAAUUGUAAGUCUUGAUUCUGGUCAGUAACGACUUUUGUGUCGUUAGAAUAAGAGAUGAAUUGCUGUGAAUUGAUGUAUUGCUGUGAUACGGUGACGUUGAGGCCUUCUCUUUGCCACAUUUUUAUUCAAAUGUUCUGUCAUCCUUGUUUGCAUGUGGUUUGUGUCUUUUUGCAGUUUUUUUUGUAUCUGAGAGCCCCAAUUGUGCACUUUUACUAUUAUAUCACAAUGUAAAUAUGUAUUUUCUUUUAUUACUGUAUCAGUAAAUGCUAUUUGCUUUCAUGUGACGUAUGUGAGUGGGGUGAAUGGAGCCUGUCAGCGCCUCGUACUGGUCUGCCUGUAAUAUGUAAUAUACUAUAAUAUGUCAGAUCAAGAUCAACACAGGGAGAGAAAGAGGGGGAGGGGGUAGAGGAACAUGCACUACGUUAUUGGGUCAAGGGUAAGGAACUGUUUUGUUUCUCAAUGAUGUUUUUACUAAAUAAAUCCAAAUGAAAGAAAAUGUGAGGCAUGUUGGUUUAAUCUGCAUUCCAGUGCUUUGUUGAGCGAGAGAGACUUGUUGUUUCUUGUUGUGGUGGCGAAUGCUGGGAUUGUGUGUGUUGUUGAUGAGUGAUGCUUGUUUUUGACAGUCUACCACAGGUAAGUCGUCUGCUCUAUAUUGGAUGACUCUCAAGGGGAGAAGUGAUUGAAGGAUGUAAAUGCAGAGUUAGGCAUUUGGCCCAGAUCAAAUCCCUAAGGUGAUGUUUUGAACUUGCUUUCAUGGGAACCCUGGAUUUGAGCUAUGGAUAUUGAUGAAUUUGUAUAGCCUACAGUACUUGUGUACAAGAUGAGGGCUAGUUCCACCUAGAGAAUGCAAUCCUUUGUGCCUGGAAUAAGACAAUAUUGGAUUAAAAUCUGUCUUUCUGAUAUUAAAGAAACAACAUUACAUUAAAGUAUGUAUGAUGUGAUAUUCAAAUCUCUCUUUCGCCUUGGUUCUUCUGUUUCUUCUGAAAAUUAGCGUGGACUGUCUGAGCUAUAGUAUGUCGGACUGUAAUUGCUGGCUUGUGUAAAUGAAGCAUCAAUAAAGUUAUUCUCUAUACUGAA